AUGGCCACCAACGUCCUCAGCCCUCGCGACACCAACGCACAAGUCAAGCCCAUGUCUUCCCCAGAGAAGGACGCCGAGAAGAAGGACUCCAAGAGCCUCGACUACCACCGUCAAGUUCUGCAGUCGCGCCUAGACAACCCACAAGAGCAGAAGUUUGUCUCGCCGUCUGACGACAUCAUGAGCCCCGCGACACAGAAAUUGCAGGCUUUCAAAACCAAGCACGCCAUGAAGAAGUCGAAGCCGCAGACGCUGUUUAAGAAGACGAGCGCGAAGAACUUCGAGUCGAACAAGGGCAGCGGCACACUCAUGUUCGCCGACAUCCCCAAGAAGGACGCAAAGGAAGAAGACGCGUAG